AUGCCAAUGUCAUCCGAAUCUAAUGAUGAACGAUCCUUGUUUCUUCAAAUCACUGCGGAUGAUUCCAUGUCUAGAAGGCAGUUAGCCCUUGACAGGAUCAUUAACAAAAUAGGAAUGGGAAAAUUUCAAAGACAAAUGUUGGUUCUUGCUAUGUGGGUUAGGAUGGCUCACUGA